UCGCCAAUCGGUUCUAGCAAAUGUGAAGUGAAACUGCAGAUCCGCACUGCUUCACUUCACAUGAAUGGCUUGGCACAGCCUUCGGUUCCGACGCACUGACAACCGUCAAGCAAUCUGUUCAAAUACUCGCACACGACAUCAACAUCACGAAAUAAGCACAACAUGGACAUGCCGGGCGGCGCGGCACUCACUGCGCCGAAUCACAACACCAACGGCCUUCAACUCCGAGCCAGCUUGAGCACCAUCCCUCGCGAGCUUCGCGACGAGAUCUACCGCCUCGUUGGCAGUACAACGCCAUAUCAGUGUCGCGUCUGUAGCGAGAUUGUCUACGGCGGUGAUGACACAGUCAAGUUCGAGACCCAUUCUCGUACUCGGUUGAAAUAUCAGAAGCCCGACUCAAGCAUCAAACACAAGCUCUCCCGCUGGCCACACAUCAAUCAUCAAUGCCGCGUGAAGACCUGGCGGCCCUGUGGCCCCGCGCAUCGCAUCACUUUCUUGCGCAUCAACGCUAGCGAUGCCACUCCCCUCCAUCAUGCUCAUAAACGCCGACUGCAGGACUCCUCUGAGUCCACGCAACACACCGCGCAGCGAGCCGAAUUCCCAACACUAGCCAAAGUCAAUCAACAGCUGAGGUUUGAUGUCCUCUCCAGCAUGUUUCUGAAGAGUCGGCUCUAUGGCACGGUCUUCGUCAAAGAAAAGGACGGUGCUGCCAUCUUGCACAGAAUCGGAGGGAUGGGACAGGAGGCUGCCAGCACAAUCAGGAAGCUCUACGUGAUCUACAGCAAGAAGAAGGAUUACAAGUACAUUUCGAAUGAGCUCUUGCCGGGUCUUAAGACAGCGGGCGUUCGUGUGGAAGACGGAGUCGUGGAUGUUGUUCGUUUGAUGCAGGAAAAGAACGUACCGAAGCCAGCCGCCCCUCAAGUUCUCGAGGAGAGAAUGCUUCCGGGAUGCAAAUGCGAGUGCUGUAUCGUACAGUUCUUGCGUGAGAAAGACCGAGAGGCGAGAGGUGUUCAGAGGAUGAAGAAUUAACAGGCGUAGGUCUGAAAGGAUUUUACCGAGUUUGAUGUACCCAGGUGUUGAGACUGUCUUACAUCAGAGUGGGAAUUAUUGCACGCAGUCAGAUCCCACAAAACCAAGAGGGGACUGGUACUAGCGUGCAGAUGGCAAGAUAAAAAGGAUGAACGAAAUUUCUUACGACCCAACACGUCUAAUUGCA